AUGGAUACAAAAUCAGUUCAUAAAUCGCGAAGUGCACAAGAAUAUACAAGUCAAAUGGAGAAAAUAGAUAAGAAGCUCGUCGCACUGUUAGAAAAAUAUGAUCUCCAGCAAGCUGUGCAUGCUUUCAAAGAGAAAAUGAAGCAUAAAAAUGAGCCAAGCAGGGGUGCAGAUCACCUAAAAGUGUCAGAGUUGGAAGAGUUCGACGACGAGCGCUUGCAGCAGUUGUGGGAAACGGCUAAGAACGGGAAGUUUUCGGAUACUGAACUGAUAGCCUUGCAUGGUGAGCUGAAAGAUGCUGAGAGGAAGACGAGAAUGUAUGGCGAUGCACUUCAAGAAAUGAAUAAGGUUCCCAUGGAAAAUUCAAUUCACUUUGAUGAACACGAAUCUUUGGACUCAAAGAAAGCUCAACUGAAGAAAAUCCACCGCGAUAUGUCUGAUCACAUUGAUCAACUUCACCAAAAAAUCAAUGAAGACAACAAGAGCCCUUUCGAAAAUGACCGGGUCAGGCGGUUGUGGAAGACUGCUCAAAUGAAUGGAAAUUUCUCACAAAAAGAUUUGGACAUAAUGAAAGACGAAUUACUCCAUUUCGAUGUGCAGCUCAAGAAGAUCGCUUUCCAUAAGAAAGAACUGGACGCACGCCGUGAAGAACGUCAAAAACAAGGCAAAAUGACCUUGCAUGCUGUGGAGGAUGUAGAAUUGGAAGCAAAACAUGAAAAAAUGGAGAGGAAACUGCGAAAACUAGAGAAAUACCUAGAUUCAAAAGUGCGUCAUAGUGAACUGUAG